CUACAUCUGGGGGUGGAGCACACAUUGUAUCUGUUUUGUGAUUGCAUUAGUGUUACUUUUCCAACUCUGGAGAAAAAAUAAGCAGCCCAUUGUUGUUGCAGUUAUAGUAUGACAGAGAACAGAUCAACCAAAGAAAGAACGCUGAAGCCUCUAGCAAUGGUUUCUUUUCACCUGGCAUUGCUUUGUGUUUUAUUUAAUCUGGAUUCAGCUGAAGCCCAGAAUGGUGGUGAAAGGGCGAUACAACCUUGGCUAACAGGAAUCAUUGCUGUGAUAGUGUUCCUCAUCCUUGUAUUCAUUGCUUUUCUGAUUAAUCGGAUGUGGUGUGAAAAUAAGGAGGAGACCAAUGAACUUGAGGUGACAGGAACGUACACUACGACUGAACAUGUAAAUACCAACAACAUGCAAUGUAAUGAAAAUGAAUAUGCAAAUGACAAAUCUAUGCAACAUAAUGAGAAUCGAUAUGCAAGCAUUAAUGGUGUGCAAAGUAAUGAGUAUUAUACCUUGAAGGAAACUAUGAGAUCCACAGAACAUUCAAAUGCUUAUGACAACAUUAUGGCAGAGGAGGAAGUUGGAAAUGUUAUUGUUACUGCUAUGUAAUCCCCUGGUAUAAACUGUCUACUCUUCAGAGCUGAAAUGAAUAUAUAUCUGAGCUUUCAUGGAAAAUACUGAAAUAAUUAUGUCUGAGGCACAAAAUGAGUCAAAUUCCAUAAAAGUGCAUCUGUAUGAUCUUUCUUCUGCUUGAUUUUUAAAUUUGCUUAAUUGCUACAAUUAUUAAAUUAAUGACUGUAGCCCCCUUCGAUCAAAAGUGACUUUAUAACGGCUUCUUUGCUUUCACCAGAAAGCUGGCAUCCAAACUAAUUUUGUGGUACUUGUAGGUCUAUGGAGGAUAUGUGUCAUCUUUUUACACACUCUGACACCAAAUGGUAACCCAGUAACUCCUGUUCGCAAUGUUUACUGUUUCUAGUACUGUUUGCUGCAGAUAUGGAUUUAUAGACUUUGUGAAUGUAUAAUGGUGGCUAUAUGUCACUGCAUUCACUAUUGUGUACAUGUGCACUGAACUGUUUCUUAGAUCACACUAGACCUCCUAGACUUAGCCUUCUGUCACUUUUCAAGUCCUCAGUUGCACGUUUCUUAACAGACACAGAAGUGCCUCAGUCUUGAUUUAAAAAGCAACAAAAAUUAGAACACAGAUUAGAAUAUACAUUUUUUGUUGUUCUUGUUGAAAAAAGUGUGAGUCUCAAUUAUAGCCUUGCUGUCUUUCACUGAGUAUCUGUUCUGAAUUUAAAAUAUGAUACAGAAUUAGAACAUAAACGAGAGUUAGACAAUUUAUUUUACAAAGUGGAAUUCCCAGAGUCAUUAGAGCACUGGUACUUUUUACCAGAUAUCCACUCUGGAUUUAAAAAGGGAUAAUGAAGUGAAGCAUAAACUAGAAUAAGCCAUCUUAUUUCAUGAAAGCGGGAUUUUGUGGGCUGCAAGCUUGCCACAUUUUAACAUAGAAUGCAUGACCAUCUUCUAAUAAAAAGUUAUGCAUAGUUCGUGUGGAAGGGAAAUAUCACUGAUUAAAGUUCAAAAGCAGUGUAUGUGAUGGAAACUCAAUUUUGUUUACCCAGAAUUCCUAGUAUAGUGAUUCAGCUAUGGCAUAUGUAACCGUAAUUAUCAUGUGCUUGCAUGGUACAUACCAGCACUACAAUGUGUCCAAGUUAGUGACUAAUAAAACCUUUUUCAUGAUUAUAUCAUCCUGUUGGCAAAGAAAACUCCUGAACUCUACCAUAAUGAUAUUGGGCAUAUUUUUUCUUUGCACUGUAUGUGGACAUAUGGUUUAGUUUUAUUAAUUUUAUAGAUUUAUUGACAGAAAAUAUGGACUGACUUUGUUACCAUAAUUGCAGGAAUGGUUUUAGAUGCUGCUGACUUGCAAACAUCACACAUUUUCAAAACUUCAGUUACUGGUCAUCAGUGUUUUGUGUGUGUGUGUGUGUGUGUGUGUGUGUGUGUGUGUGUGUGUGUGUGUGUGUGUGUGUGUGUGUAUUCUACAUUGUUUGUAAAGUGUAUUUUCAUUACUGCUUGCAGAUUUUGUGAUUUUUCUAUAUAUAACUUAUGUUUCCUUACAGAUACAUGGUGCUUAGUAGGCUUUUUUGAUUUUACUGAUUACUGUUAAAGAUGCAUUACUUGAUGUUUUUCAGUUUUUUCAAUGUUCUAAAUACCUGCAUGAAGUAAUUUUUGUUUCAUGUGUUACUACUUAUUGUGUUCAUAUCUCUCAAGGUAUAUGGGUAAACAAAAAACAGCUCAGUGGGUCCUUAUUCUUUAAACUUUCAUGUAAGGGAAUGUACAAUUAUUAUUAUAGGGAAUCAAUGUAGCAGAGAUUAUGCAGAUCUAAGACCAACUGCAUGCCUGGUAGGAUACAUCAAAAUGAUUAAAAGUGAAAUGACAUGAAAAGAGUGAAUGCUGUUUAUUGUUUGGAAGCAGUGUUAUUCUUAACAGAAAGAGCCAAAAUGAAGCAAUAUGCUUAAGUAAGGUGUUAUCUUUUGCCAAAAUUACUCAUAGUACAAUCAUAAUAAAGUCUGUCUGUAGGUAUGUGUUAUGAUGGAAUAUAAAGAACCUUUGUAGCAGAAACAUUCAGCUGUAUUUCCUGCUUCAGUUAAUUUAAGGAACAUUGUUUCAUUAAUGUAUCACAUCUCAUUUGAUGCAUUGUUUCUUAAUUAGAUGUCAUUGCUAAAGUUAUAGUAUAAUUUCCAGAAUAAAGCAGCAACUGCAGGUAAAGAGGGCAUCCUCAUGAUACAUUA